CCAGGAGAGACACCGAGCAUUUCCCUAUGCACCUUAUUUCUCUCAGUGGUCACGCUGACUGCUGCGCUGGGCUUUUGUUUUUGUAAAUGAAGAGGAACACAGGAGGAAAAGAUGCUUUCAUUGAGGUGGUCUUUGCUGUUUCUUCUAAUCGUUUUGCAAACUCAAGACUGUUUUGCAUCUAAAGCGGAGGACCGACUUUUCAGGAAGCUUUUCAGGCGGUACAACCAGUUCAUCAGACCAGUGGAGAAUGUUUCGGACCCUGUUACUGUAGAGUUUGAGGUUUCCAUCUCGCAGCUUGUUAAAGUUGAUGAGGUGAAUCAAAUAAUGGAAACAAAUCUAUGGCUCCGACACAUUUGGAAUGACUACAAGUUAAAAUGGAAGCCAGCAGAGUUUGAUGGAAUAGAAUUCAUCCGAGUUCCAUCAAACAAGAUUUGGAGACCUGACAUAGUUCUCUACAACAAUGCUGUAGGUGACUUCCUUGUAGAGGACAAGACCAAAGCCUUGCUGAAGUUUGAUGGCACGAUCACCUGGGUUCCUCCUGCUAUUUUCAAAUCCUCCUGUCCAAUGGAUAUCACCUACUUUCCUUUUGAUUAUCAAAACUGCUCCAUGAAGUUUGGCUCCUGGACUUACGAUAAAGCCAAGAUUGACCUGGUACUCAUCGGAUCCAAGGUAAACCUGAAGGACUUCUGGGAAAGCGGGGAAUGGGAAGUCAUUGAUGCUCCAGGCUACAAACAUGACAUCAAAUAUAACUGCUGUGAGGAAAUCUACACGGACAUCACAUACUCCUUCUACAUCCGGCGCCUGCCUCUGUUCUACACCAUCAACCUCAUCAUCCCCUGCCUCCUCAUCUCUUUCCUCACAGUGCUGGUUUUCUACCUCCCAUCUGACUGUGGAGAGAAGGUCACGCUCUGUAUCUCUGUCCUGCUCUCCCUCACUGUGUUCCUGCUUGUUAUCACAGAGACCAUUCCCUCAACGUCACUGGUCAUCCCUCUCAUCGGAGAGUACCUGCUCUUCACAAUGAUCUUCGUCACACUCAGCAUAGUCAUCACUGUGUUCGUACUAAAUGUGCACUAUCGCACACCAAUGACCCACACCAUGCCAUGUUGGGUGCGGUCGGUAUUUCUCAAAGUGUUGCCAAGGAUUAUGCUAAUGCGUAGGCCUAUUGAUGAGGAGGGUAAGGCCGGGUGGUUGGACAGCAGUGGGGAAGCAGGAGGAGCUGGAGGGGGAGGAGGAGGCGGUGGAGGGAAAGGAAGGAAGAAGUGCAAGAGCAGCUUAAAACAGCAGGUCGGAGGAGGAUCUCUCAACUGUCUAGAAGUCAGUGGGGAUACUAAGCUCUCGACCAUGGAGGGCUGCACUAGCAAGAAAUGUCCUUGCCCUGGUCUGCAUGUGAGGGAGAUCCCAGAGACACCAGAGUUGGGAAAGCUGAGUCCACAGAGCAUAAACACAGUGAUGGCCUUCUCUGUAGUGUCACCUGAGAUCAAACAGGCCAUUGAGAGCGUCAAGUACAUAGCCGAGAACAUGAGGAGUCGAAACAAGGCUAAAGAGGUGGAAGACGACUGGAAGUAUGUGGCUAUGGUCAUUGACAGAAUCUUCCUCUGGGUCUUUGUGACCGUGUGCAUCCUGGGGACCAUGGGCCUGUUUAUCCAACCUCUUUGUGGUUUUGUCUCUUAAACAUCUUAAAACUUAGGGUUCUCAGUGACAGUUUGAUAAUAAUCACAAAACACUUAUUUCUUGGUUAACUGAUGGUAGGAUGUGGCUCUGAGUCCUAUAACACAACUGCAUGUGCUGAUUUCAUUCAGUAAUAAUCAAGUGAAGUUAAAAGAUGACAUUAUGAAUACAUUUAUUAUUAUAUAAAAUAUGACAAUACAUAAGGCUGUAAUGCAGUAAUUGGAUAUCUUUGACAGCUGAUUACUUUGACAUAACUGAUAAUGUCUGAAUCCAAAGUCAUGCAGUCUUUUUUGUCAAAGUCUACUAUUAAAAAAAUAGUAAACAAAUUAUUUUUUUCAGUUUGAAUUGAAACUAGCAGCACAUUCAGUAACAUUUUUGGGCUUAAACCUCCUCCAAUAUUUGCUAAAGAACUGAAGGUUUUUAGAGCCAACAAAUGACAGACUCUCUCUAACAAACUGAACAAAACCGCCCUCCAACAAAGUACAUAGCUGUUAAAGCAAUAUAAGCUUCUCAGUGUUAUUCUCUGAGCCUCUGUUGUAACAGGCGAAUCUAAUUAUUGUUUUUCCUGUAGUUUAUUUAUUUUUUCUAAUUUUAAGUGUCUGGUUUUCCUUGCAGGCUUUUUUUUUCAGGUUGCUGUAAUUACAAAGUAUGUCAUUAUAGAUGCCAUGUCCUUUUGUCUUAUAACGCAUUGAAUUGCCUUGUAAAUGCUUUCUGAAAUCAUGCUUGAUUAGUUUCUCUUAAAAUAGCAUCUCAUUUAUGAUUUCAUCAGAGGACUCUUAAUGCCUGAUUCCAUGGCUAAUAAUUAAACCUAUUUUCAUUGUCAGUUAGGAUUAGUCUAUUUACUAAAUGCAGAAGCGUAUAAGAUACAUGCAUGAGGGAUGUGAUGAAUGCUCUCCCCUUGGAGCUUGGUUAUACAGUGAAUUAAUGAUUACUGUAACUAAUAAUAAAUCAGUAUGUCUCUCUUCUUCUAAUAUGCUUUAAUUGCACAAUAGGACGGCUGUUUGCUCAGUUUGAACUCUGCAAAAAGUACCAAAAAUGUAUUAAAUGCAAAAGCAAUUAAAUCACUCUUCUUUCACUGCUUAAACCCAUGGCCUUUUUCAUUAGGGGAUCUUAAAAAUAGGCCAUGGCUUAAAUUUCUGGAUUACUUGUUAGCAUUAGCACAAACAGCACACCAGCAGCCUCGCAGCAUAUUUUAGCUGGAUGAUGUGGUGAAUUUAAAGCUCAGAUGACCAACUGUUACAACCAGUAAUGUAAAAAUACUGUUUGCAACAUGUGCUCCUUAAGCACGACACACUGGCCAAUUGGGGGAAUGGAUACUGUGCCAGCUAACAUAACUAGAAACAAGCCAGGUUUACCGGAACUGGACAUAUUUGGAAAUGUGGUACAGGAACAAUGAGCAUACAUUUUGAGUGUGGGAUCAAGGCUCAGACUCUCAGGUCCAUUACAAACUGGACCACUAAAAGCACGACAAAUGCGUUUUAAGCUUAUGCAGGAAGUACCCAUAAUUCAACAGCGCUAUUCUUUAACCAUAACAGUCAAAACUGCAGCCACCUCAGAGCAAUGUUUUCCUGAGG